AUGACUUCAGGCGCGCAUCCAGCAGAUCUCCCAGACUGGAACAAUCUCAAGGUUCUGCACAAGGGGACUCUACCAGUCCGUGCCUACUUCCACAACUACGCAUCAGAGGCCGAUGCUUUGACGUACGAUGUGAGCAAGUCCAAAACGCACAGCCUUUCCGGAACGUGGAAGUUCGAGCAUGCCUAUUCACCCUUCGAGGCUCCCGAAAGCUUCGAAGCGCCUUCAUAUGAUACCUCCAAAUGGAGUGAUAUUGCCGUGCCAGGCAUGUGGCAGCUCCAAGGAUUUGGAAAGGGACCGCAAUACACGAAUGUCCAGUAUCACAUCCCGGUCGACCCUCCAAAUGUUCCCUUCACCGAGAACGAGACUGGCUCCUACGUAAGGAAAUUCAGCGUUCCAGAAGAUCUCAAGAGUGGUCAGAUCCGCCUCAGGUUUGAAGGUGUCGACUCCGCCUUCCACGUCUGGGUGAACGGCAAGGAGAUUGGCUACUCUCAGGGAAGCAGAAAUCCCGAUGAGUUUGAUGUCACCCCAGUUGUUGACAAAGAUGGCGAGAACACUCUCGCAGUUCGAGUGUAUCAACAUUGCGACGGCACAUAUAUCGAAGACCAAGAUCAAUGGUGGUUGUCCGGAAUCUUCCGCGAUGUGUUCUUGGUUGGGUUUCCCAGCGAAUCCCGUAUCGAGAAUGUUUUCGCUCAAAGUCUCCUGGACUCUUCGUACACAAACGCUGAGCUCAAGGUCAAGGUCAGCACCACCGGAACCGGGAAGGUUUCGGUCAAGCUUCUGGACGCAGAGAAUCAGACUAUUGCCUCGGAAGAGGCGGAUGCGAACACAGGAUCUACAACAGAUUUCAGCAUCUCCGUUAAGGACCCUCUGAAGUGGACUGCAGAGUCGCCAAACCUGUACCAUCUGGUGGCUUCGCUUGAUUCGGCGCAACAUGUUGCUCACCGAAUUGGCUUCAGGCAAGUUGAGAUGAAAGAUGGACUAAUCAAGGUCAACGGCAAGCGUGUCGUAUUCCGCGGCGUCAAUCGUCAUGAACACCAUCCACAAUCUGGAAGGACCAUCCCACUCGACUUCCUCAAGCGUGACCUUCUGACCAUGAAGCAACACAACGUCAAUGCCAUACGUACAUCGCAUCAGCUGAACGACCCACGACUAUAUGAACUGGCAGACGAGAUGGGUUUCUGGGUUAUAGAUGAAGCAGAUCUGGAAUGCCACGGUUUCGAAUGCAUCGCCGAUUCUGCACUUGACGCUAAAGAGCGCGCACUGCCCUUCCGCGAGCGACAGCUUCUGACCAGGGCAAAGGCUGCUGAGUGGACCACGAAUAACCCAGAUUGGACCGAUUCAUAUGUUGACCGUGCUGAGCACUUGGUGAAGAGAGACCAGUUGCACCCCUCUAUCAUCAUUUGGAGUUUGGGCAACGAGGCCUUCUUCGGCCAGAAUUUUAAGGCCAUGUACAACCACAUCAAAGCGUACGACGACAGCAGGCCCAUCCACUACGAAGCCGAUAUCUACGCAGAGACCAUGGACAUGUACUCGAGGAUGUACCCGCCGAUCGAUGAGAUUAUCAAGUUUGCUGAGGACAAGACCAAGACCAAGCCUCUUGUGCUCUGCGAGUUCAUUCAUGCUAUGGGUAACGGUCCAGGCAACAUCAAGGAGUACAUCGAUGCUUUCUACAAGUACCCCACCCUUCAGGGUGGUUUCGCUUGGGAGUGGGCCAACCACGGUCUCCUCACGAAGGACAAGCAGACAUCAGAAGAGUUCUACGCUUACGGUGGCGAUUUUGACGAAGAGGUCCAUGAUGGCACAUUCGUCAUGGACGGUCUGGUCAACUCUGAUCACACCCCUAACGCCGGUUUGGUGGAGUACAAGAAGGCUAUUGAGCCUGUACAACUGCUCGAAUUUGAUGAAAAGAAGGCAAAGUUCAUCAACCGAUACGACUUCGUCACACUCGAUCACCUAACAUUGCAGUACUCUACCGUGUCCGAAUCUGGUGCAGAAGCCAAGACUGGAUCCAUCGAGAUUCCAGCUGGAAUUGCAGCAGGCCAAACAUUUGGAAUCGACCUUCCAGAGGUUGGCGGAUCUGAAGGCGAGGUUCUACUGAGCCUUUCGUUCCAACUGAAGAGCGGAACGCCAUGGUUGGAGACGGGCUUUGAGGUCGCCACUGCGCAGGUACUAGUCAUUCCAACUUCUUCGUUGAAGGUAUCGUCUGCCUCGGGCGGCAAACUCGAUGUCGAUACCACCUCUAGGAACAUCAUCAAAAUCACCGGCGGCAAGUCGACAUGGACCUUCAACACCUUGCAUGGCACUCUCACUUCUUGGAGCCGAGACUCAACCGAGCUCAUCUCCAAAGCGCCAGAACUCGACUUCUUUCGUGCUCCCACCGACAACGACAUUCCUCAAGAUGGCUGGGACUGGAACGACAAGAAGCUCCACCUUGCCAAGCCGUUCACUCGCAAGGUCGAGUGGUCGCAACCAGGUAACGGAGAGCUCCAGGUCACAGUCCACCAGCGUAUCGCUCCGCCAGUCCUGUCGUGGUCAAUCGAUAGCAUCAUCCUGUACACAUUCAGAGCCGAUGGAUCCUUAUCGAUCAGGGUCAAUGGUAUUCCGCAGGGUGAGAACCUCCCACGCACACUUCCCCGUAUUGGGCUCGUCACGGAACUGCCCUCGCAGUUCCAGAACGUGGAGUGGUUUGGUCGUGGCAAGGGUGAGUCAUAUCGCGACAGCAAGCUCUCCCAGCCCGUCGGCAAGUACAGCGUCUCUAGUGUCGACGAGCUGUGGGUCAACUACGAAGUGCCUCAGGAGAGUUCGAACCGCACCGAUACGCGAUGGGUAAAGGUCGGUGACGGCAAGAGGUCACUGUUGGCACAGUUUGUGGAUGUGAAAAACGACAGCAAGGACAGGAGGACUUUCGAUUUCCAGACCACGCACUACCGCAUGAGGGAUGUUGCUGAGGCUAAGCACCCGCAUGAAUUGAGAAAAAAGAAGAGAGACGAAGUUGUAUUGAGGCUGGACUCGGAACACCAUGGUUUGGGCAGUGGAAGUUGUGGACCAAGGACGCUAGACGAGUAUGCUCUGCUGACGGAGCCGUUCAAGUUUGAGAUCUUGCUGCAGGCUGAAUAGAGCAGUAGAACAAACACGAGCGAAAGCAUGGAGGAGCAC